UUUUCCGCGCUUUUUGAUGCCGAGGUUCGUGCCUCAUGCAUGCUGUGUUUUUCCAUCCAACCAUGUAUCAUAAGCACUACCCACAGCCUGGCACAUAUAGUUCCCUUCGUGCCCGUGCCGUGCAAGUCUAGCUUAGUGCCAUAUUCAGAUGGAGUCACAUUAAGCUGGCUCUAGUUAAUGAUUGGUUGUUUGUCGAAGAAAACAAAUCAGACUAUGCACUUUUGGGGAGGAUUUAUAUACUUUGUAUAGAUUUUCAUGAAGCUCUUAAAGGUUAAAGGAGGGUUGAUGAUUUGAAGACAAAAACAAAGGAAGUAGGAACUUUAUUUUGAAAUGACAAGUCACCAUAGUCUCCUUAUGACGAAAGACUUGGAAUUUGAAAUCCUCGGUUUUAGUAGAAUGCCCAAAAGCUAGGUUCUAUGUACUUUAAAGUUGAACUUUUAUCUGAUAGUGGGUCAAACUAUUUUGAGAAGGAGGGAGUAUAUGUAAAAGAUCAUUUAAGUAUGUGAAUCGUAGUUUGCCUUAGAUGGUGUAGAACCUUUAAAAUACCGAGUCGAGGUGACUCUUAUGAUCUCCGUCCAGCCUGACAUGCUAUGGACCCACAUAAGCAACUUAAAGGCAUGUUCAUUAUCACUGUUACUUUAAAGUCAUAAGAUACAGGUAAUCAUGUUUAGUAUGAAAACUCACAACAAGGAAAAUACUUUCUCUGGUUUUGAUAUCUUUGUUUAUAGUUCUUCAAAGACGCUAAAACCUCGAAACUAGAAAAAUAUAACAAUUAGGCACUAUGUUGUUUUUGGAUUUGGCUCAGCCUAUGAAACAUGCAGGAGGAGCUUCAGUGUACAAGCUACGAGGAUAACAGGGCCUGCCAUCCGCUUUGGAAUAGGAUUGACCUCAACCCGGAGAUAGAUUUUUAUGAAUUAGGAGGAUAAAAUGACAAACGACAAGAGAAACAGUGUAGCAAUUAUUUUGGGGGCAAGGAUUGAGCCACGAAGCACGGUUGCUGAGAAGGUCGUUCAACACUGUACCCAAAGUGAAGCAAAUGAUAUGAAAGCAUUGGAUUCUUAUUCCAAUGUCGAAAAUAUUUCAAAUGGACUUCAACCGGGUGUCUUUAGCAUGGAAGAUUUAGGACAGGCAAAGGAAGUAAUUCAAGACUCUAAUACUAUGGUUAAAUGCCUCGAGAAUGAAGUAACUUUGCAGCCACCAAUGCAGAGCCUUGAAUUGGUUGAAUCAAUGUCAGCUAGUCACUUUUUAGAGUUGGAUGCUAUCCAAUCUAACAAUAAUGGUGGAAAUGGUUCCCUGGUUGGCCUGAAUGAAGAACUUGGCAGUGGCACUGAUGAGGUUGAUGGCUCUAAAAGACCUGAAGAUGAAUGCAAAAACAAAGAGUCAUCAGUUCGUAUAGUUUAUAGUUCUUUACCAAGUCAGAGCAAAAGAAAGCUUGAAGAACUCUUACACCAGUGGUCUGAGUGGCACACUCAGAAUUUUAAGUCAGCUGAUGAUCUAGCUGAUUGUUUAGAAUCUGGUGAAGAAACAUACUUUCCUGCAAUACAUGUAGGUUCAGAGAAGUCUUUGACAGUGUCAUUUUCGAUGGAUGUUCAUGUCCGGAAAAGGCAACGUAAAGAGUCAUUAUCCCUGAAUAAUGAUGGCUCACCGUUGUAUGAUCGAGGAUAUGCUGUUGGCUUGGCAUCUGAUGAGGGGAUCAUUGAAGAAAGAGUUGUAGAUUUGCGUGAAGCUCCUCGUUGCUUCAAUUGUGGCUCAUAUAAUCAUCCUCUUAGUGAGUGUCAAAAGCCUCGUGAUAAUGCUGCUGUAAACAGUGCCCGCAAACAAUAUUUAAGCAAGAGGAACCAGAAUACUGGUCCCCGUGUUCAAACCCGGUACUACCAGGAAUCUCCAGCUGGCAAGUUUGAUGGGCUUAAACCAGGUGCCCUUUCAGCUGAAACAAGAAAGUUGCUGGGUUUAGGGGAGCUUGAUCCACCUCCAUGGCUUAAUAGGAUGCGCGAACUGGGAUAUCCAGUGGGAUACUUUGAUUCAGAAGAAGAGGAGCAGCCUUCUGGAAUUGCAAUCUUUGGUGAUGAGGAAAGUCAAAAUAUGGACAUGAGGAAUGGCCUGUCAUUAGAUGUAAGAAAAUCCCAAAAGAAAAUGACUGUAGGUUUUCCUGGAAUUAAUGCCCCUAUACCGGAGAAUGCAGAUCAGAAGAACUGGAUGGGUCCAUCACCUGAUAAUUCUUGGAAUCAGUCAAACCAUCGAUGGAAUCAUGCUCGAGAGGCACUGAAUAAUGGGCAUUUCCAUGGUGCGUAUGUGCCGAGAAAUCACAUAGAGGCCCCGCCUUCUCCCUUUGGUCUGGAAUUUAGUCCACCUGUACCUCAUUAUCUGCAAAACUAUCCUCCAAGAGAACCAUUUAGCCCAAGAGAUGCCUGGACUCCUGGAAGCCCCCACUAUGGGAGGCCAGCUGAUGCCAGGAGGCCUUUUAUGCUUCAUUAUGACUAUGGUAGUCUCUGAUCUCAUUCACACCUUUAUUUAUAUGGUUGUUAGCUUAGUUUGAGGGAAAAAGAAUUCAAGCAGUCCAUGCAGUGGGUUAUUUUAUCAGUUAGUUAACUGAUCUAGGCUGUUUUAAUGUAUGCUUUAACAGCUAUCAUUAGUUAGUCAUUAUAAUUGAUGAUGAUUAAUUUCGCUCACUAAACAUGACGGAGCAGAGCCGUCGGUUAUUAAGUGAAGCCAAAUAUUCUGAGAUGUUACCUUGGUGGUUUUACUUAAAGUUGGAUAUCCAUUUUACCUGAUGUGUAAUAUAUGAAUGUCGUUAUCUUUGUUGGUUCA